AUGUGCCGAGCUGGGAGGGGGGGCUGUGAGGAUGGCUGUCCACGUGCAUCUAGAUAUGUUGGUCAUAGUCGUUUAACUCAACAUAUUCAACAGUCUCAUGUAAUCCGUUGUGAUUUACAGGAAACAAUAAUUAAUCCAAAUAACAACAUAAAUCAUAACAAAUUUAUAUUGUAUGUUGAACCAUUUACAAAAGUUUAUCAAUCAAAUUAUUCAUCAUUAUCUUCACUAGAAUCAAUUCCAAUUUAUCAAUUAAAAGCAAUAAAUUUUAUUAAACAAUAUGGAGCGUGUGUUUCACUCAUUUAUGGAAUGCCUUUAUUGGUAACAGCGACAAAUUGUUGGAAAUAUGAUGUAAAUAUAUUGAAUAAAAAUUAUUUAUCUUUUAUUACUUUAAGUGAUUAUUUGAGAAAAAAUAAUUUAAUGUUAAUAUGUCGUCUUGAUUAUCGUUACAAUACAGUUGAAGAUCAAUUAUGUGGCUAUUUUCUCUUAACAUCAGCUUCAAAUUCAAGUCUUCUAUUGCGAUCAAUAGCUUCGAGUGAAUUAAUAUUAGCGCCAAAUAUUGAAAAUAAUGAUGAUAAACAAGAACAUGAACAAGAUCAAACUAUUCUACAUGCAUUAAAAAAUGUAAAUAUUAUACAAAAUCAUUAUUCUUCAAAUUUUUUUUCUAAUCGUAAAAUGGCUAUUCGUCGACUUCAACAAGAUUUACGUAAUAUGCUCAAGAAUAAAGUUGAUGGUAUAGAUGCAUCACCAUCUCCUGACAAUUUGUUUGUGUGGAAUGCUAUUAUAUGUGGUCCAGAAGACACAAUAUUUGAAAAUGGUGUAUUCAAAUUACAACUUCUUUUUCCCGAAGAUUAUCCAAAUAGACCACCUCAAGUUCGUUUUACAUCAAAAUUAUUUCAUCCAAACGUUUGGUAUGAUGAUGGUCUCAUUUGUGUGGAUAUUCUUAAAGAUGAAUGGACACCAUCAUUGGAUGUUCUAUCCAUUCUCAAUUCAAUUCGAAUUCUUCUUAUUGAUCCAAAUCCACUGAGUCCAGCUAAUUUAGAAGCAGCAUUACUCUAUCGUGAUGAUCGAACUGAAUAUGAUCGUCGAAUUACCGCCAUGAUACAAGAAACAUUAGAUGAUAGUGAUGAAGAGGAGGAUGAUGAGGAAGAAUUUGAUGAUGAUGAAGAAACUCAACGGCAAAAAACACAAAUAAUACGAAAUUCAUUAUCAGAAUGA